GGCCGGAGAAAGUCCAUGUGAGCCGGAGCGCGGGGACGGCUGCACUUCCUGCCGCCGCAGGCCGGACCGGGCCGGGCGCCCGCAGAUGGAUGUCAAAUGGUGUCGGUGCAUCUUCGGCAUUGAGUGGCGUGUGUUCGUGUGGUUUUCAUCAGCCUGACGCGGCGGGCCACACUGACCAGCUCUCAGGUGCUGAACCAGCCUCGCCUCCCUGGAGUAAAUCCCACCUGGCCGUGAUGUGCCCCGCUUGGGCCGCCCCGUGCUGAGAGUCCGAGGCGCGCCCGCUGGCACCCGCCCGCCAUGUCCCAGAUGCUGCACAUCGAGAUCCCCAACUUCGGGAACACUGUGCUCGGCUGCCUCAACGAGCAGCGUCUGCUGGGCCUGUACUGUGAUGUGUCCAUCGUGGUCAAGGGCCAGGCCUUUAAGGCCCACCGGGCCGUCCUGGCCGCCAGCAGCCUCUACUUCCGCGACCUGUUCAGCGGCAAUAGCAAGAGUGCCUUCGAGCUGCCGGGCACGGUGCCGCCCGCCUGCUUCCAGCAGAUCCUGUCCUUCUGUUACACGGGCAGGCUGACCAUGGCGGCCAGCGAGCAGCUCGUGGUCAUGUACACGGCCGGCUUCCUGCAGAUCCAGCACAUCGUGGAGCGCGGCACGGACCUCAUGUUCAAGGUCAGCUCGCCCCACUGCGACUCACAGACCGCCGUGAUCGAGGAUGCCAGCCCCGAGCCCCAGAGCCCCUGCACCCAGCUGCAGCCAGCCGCCGCGCCCCCUUAUGUGUCCCCCUCCGUGCCCAUCCCGCUGCUGACCCGAGUGAAGCACGAGGCCGUGGAGCUGCCACCCGCUGCCGGUCUGGGCCUGGCCCCCAAGCGCCCACUAGAGACGGGGCCCCGGGAUGGCGCCACUGUGCUGGCGGGUGCUGGGGCGGUGGCGGGCGCGGCCCCUCUCAAGCUGCCCCGGGUUUCCUACUACGGGGUGCCCAGUCUGGCCGCCCUCAUCCCCAGCACCCAGCCGGUGCCCUACUCCCAGGGGGAGCGGACCAGUCCGGGGGCCAGCAGCCUGCCCACCACCGACAGCCCGACCUCCUACCACAACGAGGAGGAUGAGGAGGAGGAUGAGGCCUACGACACCAUGGCGGAGGAGCAGUAUGGCCAGAUGUACAUCAGGGCCGCCGGCAGCUACGCAGUGCAAGAGAAACCGGAGCCAGUGCCGCUGGAGAGCCGCUCCUGCGUCCUCAUCCGCCGCGACCUUGUGGCCCUGCCCGCCAGCCUCAUCAGCCAGAUCGGGUACCGCUGUCACCCCAAGCUCUACUCCGAGGGGGACCCUGGCGAGAAGCUGGAGCUGGUGGCAGGCUCCGGGGUGUACAUCACGCGGGGCCAGCUGAUGAACUGCCACCUGUGCGCGGGGGUAAAGCACAAGGUCCUGCUGCGGCGCCUCCUCGCCACCUUCUUCGACAGGAACACGUUGGCCAACAGCUGUGGCACAGGCAUCCGCUCAUCCACCAGUGACCCGAGCCGCAAGCCGCUGGACAGCCGAGUCCUGAAUGCUGUGAAAUUAUACUGCCAGAACUUCGCCCCCAGUUUCAAGGAGAGUGAGAUGAAUGUGAUCGCCGCGGACAUGUGCACCAACGCCCGCCGCGUGCGGAAGCGCUGGCUGCCCAAGAUCAAGUCCAUGCUGCCUGAGGGCGUGGAGAUGUACCGCACGGUCAUGGGCUCUGCAGCCGCCAGUGUGUCCCUGGACCCUGACUUCCCGCCCGCCGCGGCACAGGUGUUCGAGCAGCGCAUCUACGCCGAGCGGCGGGGUGACGCUGCCACCGUCGUGGCUCUGAGGACUGACACUGUGAACGUCGACCUGAGCGCCACCGGGGCUGCCUUCGAGGCCGGCGAGGAGGCAGACGGGGCCGGCUCGGUCAUCCAGGAGGUGGCCGCGCCCGAGCCACUGCCCGCCGAUGUCCAGAGCCCCCCGCGGCCCUUUGAGCAGGGCGGCGCUGGCUCCAGCCGGCCACAGACGCCGGCCACGGUGCGAAGACCGGAGGGCGCGUAUGCCGGGGCCUUGUAGAGCGGAGCCGCGGGCCGUGCUAGAGCAGCUUGCAUGCGUUACUAAUACAGACAAAUGUGAUCGAGCCACUUACCUACCGAACUGCUACUGUUGCCUGAAAAAAAUGUGAUUUUUAUCCUGCUUGUAUUUAAAACUUAUGAAGGAAACAAAUGCAUCCAUUCUACUGUAAAUGAUCAGGCCACUGGCCACCUAGUUGCAAGGUGGGUCCCAGGGCUCCUCCUGAUACCCGAGAGGCCAGUCUCCGAGCCACCGCCUUCCUGUCCCCUGGGGAGCCGGCAUGUGGGGGAGCAGCGGGAUGGCACGGCUACAGGCCUUGCUUGACUUGGGGGGUGUUACCAGCUCAUCUGCUGCCCCACCCAGCUGGUGGGUCUGCCCAUCCCUGAGGCCCCCCAGCCCUGUGACGCACCUGGGCCCUAGGGGUUUGGCUACCACCUGAGCGCCCUCUGGCCCCCUCCUGGCCCCGCCGUCCUGUGUGGGUGGCUGCCGCCCUGGCACAGCCCGCAGCCACAGAGGGAUUACAUUUGUUGAUUUCUGUCUUCAGAUUUAUUUCAUAUAUGAUGUGGAAACUUUCAGACCCAAAAGAGCAAAAAGUUAAGGAGGACUGAGUGUCCCCCUGACUCCAGGCCACAUCACACCCCCUCCUGUGGGAAGUAGGGGUCCCAGGGAGGUGCCACCAGGCUGUGUGAUGGAGGCACAGGCGCCUGGCUGGGCGGGGCCAGAGGGCCUGGAGCAGGGCCCCCUCGGUGUUGGGCUCCUCCUGGUGGUGCCCCAUGCCCUGCGGUGUACAUGCCCGAGGCUGAGGAUGGGGUGGAGGGAAAGGCCUGUUUGCAGGAGGCACCCAGGGGCAGCAGUGUGGAGGCUGUAAAUUGGGAGGCAGUAAGGAAGGGCCUGUGGAAGUUGUUCUGUCUGAGGCUAGAACGUUCACUUGCUGUUCGUGGGGUGGGCACAGGCUGUAUGAGGUGCCUUAGUCCAGGGGCUGCCUUCCUCCUGGGUCCCAGGAACCCCCAGGCAUGGCUGAAGACACGCCCUCCUUCCCAGGCUUGAAGGGGCCAUAGUUCCCUCCUCUGGGCCAGCACUCUGGCCCCAGCCUGGGUGUGCACAGGACCCUCAAAGCUGGGCCUCCCACAGCUGCAGGACUGCCUGUGGGGUCCCAGCAGGGCACAGCCUGGAGGGGGGCAGGGGGCUUAGGUCCUCGCUCUGGGUCCUCAUUCCUGCUGUCCGCCACCCUCCCUUGCGUGGAGGGCCUUGGGGGCAGACCUUGAGCCAUGGUGGAGGUGGGGUCCCCUUCCCAGCCCGCAUUCAGCCCUCCAGGCCCCCCUCCUGCUGGGCCAAACAUGUACCUGCCCUCCAGAAAGAUCUGAUGCCUUCUGAAAAGGGGUGGGGGACCUCAGGUGGGCCCAUGGAGCUGACCUCAGCCCCUCUACCACCUGCCCUGCCCAAGUGCAGGGAGGUCCAAGCCCUAUGCUGCGGGCCUGAACGGGCUUCUUGCCAGUCACCAGCCUGGAGGCAGGUCCCUCUGCCCUUCCUUGUGUCUGGCCCUGCCGGUGGGGUGUGAGUGCCCUGUGCUGGGGCCCAUGGCCACUUGGGCCCAGGACCACGUCCUCCCCUGGAGUCCUCAGGUGGCCACAGGUGGCAGAGGGCGUGGUGGGUGAGGUUGACUGCCACCCAUCUCUCUUUGCAGGUCCCCUUUGCCCCCCACCCAAAUUUGCACUUUAAUUUGACCACCCUGGGGACCCUGGGGAGCGGCCACCCACUCUCCCUCUCUUCACUCCAAAGUGGGCCCAGCCCCUCCCUGAGGCCAGGACGGGGUUGGGGGGCUGGCCCAGUGGGGGUGGGGGGCGGUGGCCGCACAGAGAGGGCCUGACCGCCGCUCAGGCCAGCACAAUGUCCCGUGACCUCUGUCCCUUAACUGUUUGUUUUGUUCUACUGGGUAAGGAAGGCAAGCUGUGGGUGUAACUAGUAACAAUUAAAUGUGAAUGGGUUCUGAGCUCUCCCUGUGCCCGGCGGGCCAGGCCGAGCGUUUUGCACUACUGUGUCCCGCAGGGGCGUGGUCGGGGCGCUGACAGGUGGCCGUGGCCGAUGACUGCGGGCGCCCUCUGCGCGCCGGGCCUGGGCUCGGAGGCCAUUCCAGAGUGCCUUACCAUCCUUUGAUCAUUUUUCCCUAGGAAAACCGAUUUAAAGAACCGGACCCUCCCCUCCUCUGUUUACAAGAUGACUAAUUCCUGUCCUGUGAGCGUGGUCCUGACUCACCCAGACCCUGUAGACCGAGAGACAAGCCACUCAGUAUUUAUGAGAUGUCUGCGCCUUUACUCCUAAGCUUGACUAGUAGUGAUAUGCAUAUACUACAUAGAGUCUAUUGUAGAGCUAAGUUACAGCAGCACCUUGUCGAGGAGGAGACGAGGGACCCAGCCCCGCCGGUGCUGGGCGGUGGCCUGGGACCCAGCAGCCCUCCCCAGCGGACGUGAUGUGCCGCAGAAGGCAGCUGGGACAGUGCAAAAGGUCCGGAGGAAGGGCCGGGAGGGGGACAGAUACUGUGAGCUCGCGGGGCCCGCCUGGCCGGCGUGCCUCGGUACUUGAAUUCUGACUGUUUGCUGCACUGUGUCUGGUUCGUCCAGAGUUCUCUGUGGUUGCUUGACUUUGUGUUUGGUUCAGUGUCUUACCUGGCCCCAGGGGUGGACACAGCUGUGGACAGCGGCAGGGGAGGCACAGUGGAGUGUGCAGCCUGCAGCCCUGCCCGCACCAUGGUGCUGGGCGCUGGACUGCCGCUCUGGGACCUGGGCCCGUUUCUCCUUCCAGAAAACUCUUUGUCUCUAGAGCCGGGAGGAAGGCUGAGGUGUGGCCCGGGAGGGGCCUGUUCCCCUGCUCUGUGGGCACUCCGGUGUGCCUGGCCCUGCCCUGUCCCCAUUUAAUGGCUGGAGCUUUGUAGCACACGCCCACUCCAGCCCCAGCGGAUUACUGCUUAGAUUCCCCUAGAUGGGUUACUUUUAUGGAAAUAUCUUGAUGCAGGUGGAAAAAGGCCUAUGGCCCAUUAACCAACUGAAAACUCAGAGAAAACCUCUGUUUACCUCUGCCGGCAGUAAACCCUAAAUGCAGAACUGAGAGUUCACAGCUGUCCUGAGCUUUAACUACUGGUUCGGAAUGUUGCUUUUCCACAAAUCCAUCAUCACGUCAGCCAGCCAGCUCUGAGCGUGCCGCCCGCCUGCAGCCGGAGACCAUUAGGGCUGGGAACAAGAUGUUUCUAACAUGGCAAAGGUUUUGGGGUUUUGUUUGUUUGUUUUGUGUCUUUGAAAAAAAGGAGAAUUAUGCAGAAUCUAAAGCAUCCAGAUUGGACGACCUGCUUGAAUUCUGAUGAGUUGCUUCAUUGUUAGCAUUUUGCACACGAUCGUAAUUUUUAUGUCAAAAGAAGCCAAAACUUGCAAUACUAUUUUUAGCAGACAACAACAAAAAGAACUAAAUAUAAAAUCUAUAAAUAUUUUUGACUUGAACGUUUGGAUGGUACAGCUACAGACGGACCGGUUCCUCCUUUGGGUGGAAUGCUUGUAGAAGAGCUGCAGAGGGAGCCGGCGGCCGGAGUCUAGCGAGGGGCUACGCGGCACCGCUGCUCGCGACUGAUAAAUAAACAUGUAACCUGCGUUGUUCCCGUGCUGUACAGAGGAUACUUGUUUCAUGGUACCACUGUUCCCUGCAGGCCCAGAAGAUGCUGUAGCAUUUUUUUCCCCCCCGAAGGAGGAAUUCUUUGUUCUUCCGGGUCCUCACUCCCUUGGUGCCACAAUGGCAGAGUCAAGACCGUUGCUUUCUAGCCAAGGCUGACGCUGUAUGAAUAACUCGACCUACAGAGGUAUCCACCCGCGAGCAGGAAGCGGGCCCCUAGCCUGCUCAGAGCCGAUCGUAAGGUGGAAAUCCGUUUCAAACAAACAGGAUGUGAUCGUUAAUUGUAAAGCGCUUUGUAAAAUUCACAUUUACAGAAUAAUAAACUCAGUUCAAACCCAA